AUGUUCGGCUUCCUGCGCAACCAGAGCCGGGCGGGUUCGCGCACGUCGUCGCCAUCACGCCGCGGACCACGGAUCUACAUCAACGUUCCCAGUUACGGCGGCGUGUUCAUGACCCGUCCCGCCCCGGAUGCCGAUCACGGCUCGGUCUCUACGCUGGCCGAUAUCGAUACCCGCGGGAGGGAAUUGCAUGGCGAAGUCGAGAUCGACUUGCCACGCGGUACUGGUCGGCGGAGGUGUCGUGCCGUACGCGUCACCCUGCGUAAUGUCAGCCGGCUACACAUGGGCGACGAGAGGGGGUGGGAGGAGGAUGUAUUGUUUGAGCGAACGCUCGAGGUUAAAGGCGCUAUUAUUCUCGAGGAGGGUGUCACUCGAUUCAGCUUUACCAUUGUGGUUCCAUGGUCACUUGCGCCGUAUGAUGUUCACCCGACCGGAUCGAUUAAUACUACGAUCCACGCAGAGGUCGAGGGUCUCGCUGGCAAGACGCGCAAGACGCCCUCGCCAGGCUCGUCAUUGGCCAACACGCCUUCGGGGACGCCGAAACGCGGACGCUCGCCUGUGCGCCAGCGCUCUGCCGUUCUGCCAGAGAGCCGGGGAUCGAGCGGGAGCGGGACGCCAGUCGAGGUUGGAGAUGGGUUUAACGCACCAGGAACACAUGAGAUACUCUCACAGAUGCUCGUGUCGUGGAGCGAUCCAUCCAGCGCAGCGGCCGACGAGGCCGAAGUCAAGUGGUUGACUGGGACGGUCAAGACCAACCGCUCCAUCACGCUACUGUACAAUCCCGACCCGAGUAAUGGUGUUUCGACGCUCGAUGAGAGGCGGCGCGGCGAUGUCGACGGCCUCGGCGCGUUCGAGGUCCGCUACCUGUCCCAAGUUUGGACAGUCUGCGCCCUCAUGAACAUCAUGCUCAACAUGUCCCACCCAGACCCCAAGACGACCAUCUACUACGCCCGCGUCUCGAUGGUGCAACGGGUCGCGACAAUGUCACCGCGUGACGACGCGGCUACUACCAAGCCGCGUAUUUCCAACACAACCUUCCCGUUGUGGGAGAAGGGUAUCAAGCCACCACCACAGCGCCCGACGCAGGGCACUCCGGCAAUCUGGCGCGGAACAGAGGCGGGCGGAAAGGACGAGGGCGGGCUCUCGCUGAUUGGGAGCGCGCGCUUGCCGACCGACGAGACGGGCCGGCCAUCGACUCUGCCUCUCGUCCAAACCCCCAUGUCGACAUCCCACGCAAUCCUCCUGGAAGUCUUCUACUCGGUAUACGGCGAGGACGUCUCUGGCAACAGCCUUCCUACACCGGCACAGGGCCACCUCCGCCUCCUCAAAGUCGACAAGCCAGUGACGAUCCCUUCCUGCGCCUUCAUUCCCGACGUUGUCGAUCUUCCCUCAUACGGCUCACACAGCUUCUCCUCGGAAGCAUGCAAAGUCUGCUCCACGCCGGCCGCAGAACAACUAUGCCGCCUCUGUACAUCCUCAGUGCCCCAUGUCCGGCACGACCAUCCCCCAAAGAGGGUCGGGAACGAGAACGGGAUCUGCCCCGACUGCGAGUAUCGGUUCGUGACGGACGACGUCAAGAAUAAGUGGGCGGACUGUGCGUGUGGGCUCAGUCUGCAGGCGCUCGAGGCGCGUAUGCGCGGUGUGGAUCUCGAAGAUGCGGGGGUCGAGCCGGCUAGUGAGAGGAAGGGGAGGGAGAUGGUGUACAGCGGGGCGAAUUCGGGAACGAGCACGCCGGCCAUAGGCACGAGUGCCAACACUGUGAGCUCGAUGGGUUCGCACGUCGGGAACGCGCGGGGAGAUACCACGCCGACCACGCCGGGAAUGACCACGCCGGGAAUGACCACGCCGGGAAUGACCACGCCGGGAAUGACCACGCCGGGAAUGACCACGCCGGGAAUGACCACGCCGAUGACCACGCCAGGUGGCAACACACCGGAAGCGACGACGCCGGCAGCGACAAUCCCAGACGCACCACCCGCGUACGAGUAA